CCCCUGAUGAAACAGGACAGCUUGGACAUCUACAACGAGCGAGACCCUUUCAAGAACGACGACGCUGGGGUGGUGGAUGAGGAGGAACCGGACGACCUCGAGAACAGCCUCGAAGGAGAACUGGACCUCCUGGAGCGGGUUCCGGCUGUCCAGGCCGUCUCCGUCCCGUCCCCGCCCGCCGAGAGGGUCUCCUUCCCAAAGGGUCUCCCCUGGGCUCCCAAAGUCAGACAGAAGGACAUUGAACAUUUCCUGGAGACGAGCAGGAACAAAUUCAUCGGAUUCACGCUUGGCCAGGACACGGACACCUUAGUCGGGCUCCCACGGCCCAUCCACGAAAGUGUCAAGACUUUGAAGCAGCACAAAUACAUCUCCAUCUCGGAAGUGCAGAUCAAGAAUGAGGAGGAGAUGGAGAAAUGUCCCAUGUCCUUGGGGGAAGAGGAGGUGCAGGAGACACCCUGUGAAAUGCUUUAUCGGGUGAUGCUCUACAACCUGCCACAGUACAUGAUCGCCCUGCUGAAGAUCUUGCUGGCUGCAGCGCCCACCUCGAAAGCCAAGACCGACUCCAUCAAUAUCCUGGCCGAUGUGUUGCCGGAGGAAAUGCCCAUCACAGUCUUGCAGAGCAUGAAGCUUGGGGUGGACGUGAACCGGCACAAAGAGGUAAUCGUCAAAGCCAUCUCUGCCUCGCUGCUCCUGCUGCUGAAGCAUUUCAAGUUGAACCACAUCUACCAGUUUGAGUACGUCUCUCAGCAUUUAGUGUUUGCCAACUGCAUCCCACUCAUCCUGAAGUUUUUCAACCAGAAUAUCAUGUCCUACAUAACUGCCAAAAACAGCCUGUCUGCCCUGGAUUAUCCCUUCUGCACAGUCCAUGAGCUCCCAGAACUCAAUGCUGAAAGCCUGGAGACGGGAGACAACAACCAGUUCUGUUGGAGAAACCUCUUCUCCUGCAUCAAUCUGCUGAGGAUCCUCAACAAACUGACCAAGUGGAAACAUUCCAGGACCAUGAUGCUGGUGGUCUUCAAGUCUGCUCCGAUCCUGAAACGGGCUCUCAAAGUGAAGCAGGCCAUGCUGCAGCUCUACGUCCUGAAGCUGCUCAAGAUCCAGACCAAGUACCUUGGGCGGCAGUGGCGGAAGAGCAACAUGAAAACUAUGUCGGCCAUCUACCAGAAAGUGCGCCACCGCAUGAACGACGACUGGGCCUAUGGCAACGAUAUCGACGCUCGGCCAUGGGACUUCCAAGCAGAAGAAUGCACUUUGCGAGCCAACAUCGAAGCCUUUAACAGCCGGAGGUACGAUAAACCUCAAGACUCUGAAUUUGCUCCAGUGGAUAACUGUUUGCAGAGUGUUCUGGGGCAGCAUCUGGAACUUCCUGAGGAUUUCCAUUACUCCUACGAACUAUGGCUGGAAAGAGAAGUCUUCUCCCACCCCAUACACUGGGAGGAACUGUUAUGCUAUCAGUGACACCCUUAAGGCUACGUUUAACCUGAAUUAAACACCAUCUCAGUCUUUUUUACACAAAGGGUGCUGUCUCCCAGGGAAAAGGGGAAA